UUUUAGGGAUGCUACACGAAGAUGGAUUUUCCGAGCACGCUUGGAGCGCGAAGCGGACCAAUCCAGGCGAGAUGCCAAGCGAACGGAUGCUGACCUGACCGCAACAUUCGUUCGCCAGUAGCAUUUCAGCGUCGAACGGUUUCGGAAGUUGCUCGCAGGAACACGUGCUUACACGGUCGUCCUAAUCCAAGUCUCCUCGGCGGGUGGCGAAAAAUGUUAUCCGUUAGCAAUCUGCUCAAGUGUAACGACGGCGGUGGUAAUGGGAGGAAACGUGCCAACAGUAGUGGUGAUGGUGAAAUUGUGGAAGGAAAUGUCAGUGCAAUUGGCAAAUCCGGUGUAGUCAGUUCCAGUUCCGUGGUGAAAUCGAGUGCAUUUUGCAGCAGUGUACAAACAUCAAGGAUACCUAAAUGUGCGCGCUGUCGAAAUCAUGGCGUCAUAUCAGGAUUAAGGGGGCACAAGAAGAAUUGCACCUACCGGAGCUGUAGGUGUCCGAAAUGUGAAUUGAUCCUUUCGAGACAGAAAAUAAUGGCAGCACAGGUUGCACUAAAACGACAACAAGCAGUUGAAGACGCCAUAGCUCUACGCCUAGCGUCGACGGAAAUGGGCACCCAACUGGAGACCCUUCCGCCGGGUAAAAUCUACGGCAUGACCGUAACCGAACCUUGUGCAUCACCUCAACUCGGAUCUCCCUCGUCGAUGGAUAUUUCAUCGUCUACAUCUCCUGCCUGCAGUGACAAAGAACCGGAUCCAGUGGGAAGCAGUAAAAUUCAAAAUUCCAACACAAACGUACCGGUAUCCCAAAAUGCCCUGGACAUGUUGUCGCAGCUAUUCCCACACCGCAAGCGAUCCGUGCUUGAGUUGAUACUCAAGCGUUGCGACUCGGAUCUGCUCAAGGCCAUCGAACAGUGUAGCAAAACACCACCGGCCAGUGCGUUCAAGCCUCCAGUUUCUUCGGCACAAGUCAUCGCUCAUCAUCAGAUUCCAAUGGCCCCACCCAGUCCACCAAGUUAUGCAUCAUUGAUCGCCUACCCGAAGUGGCUUCUUCCGAUGUCGAUCCCGGUACCGAUGGGUCACAUUGCUCCCAAUUUGGCACCCCGAUGCACCCUGCCCAAUUGUGUAAUGUGUGUACAUCAUCCAGUGUAAUUAAGGUGUAGCUCACAAUUGUUGUAAUUUUAGCAUAUAAGUGGAAUACAUUAAGUUCAAGUUGACAGACAAAUGAUAAUUUCAACCGAGA